AUGGCAAUACACGUAGUUGUAAACCAACCGGAAUGUCUAGAAGUAAAACCAUGUAACAAUGAGUAUAAAAAUCUGAAACAACAUGAUGUUCAGUUAGAUAUAGUACCAUGGAUUCAGUCAUCUAACAAUGCGCAUAGUUAUGUUCAAAAAAGUGAUAUGGAUUAUGAUAGUGAUGAUGACCAUGGCGAUAAUUGUAAUGACGUUCAUUCAGUUUCUUCAGAAUCUCAUUCCUAUAAUCUGCGUUGUUGUUUACUGUCAGCAUGUUGUGAAUCUUGUACAUGUUUUACAAUGCCGAAAAAGUGUGAUACUAUUUAUUAUGCACUACAAAAAUGUACAAAAUAUUGUCCAAGUGGUUGUCCUACUAUAGUCCCAAGACCGGAAGAAGAAGAAUGGAAUUUAGCACCACAGAAAAAUGCACGUAAUUUUGCAAUGUGUCAGUGUUGUUAUUCUCCGGGUGGUAUAAUAUGCAUGAAGUACUUGGAUAUAUUAUGCUGUCCAUUAUGUCCAAUGUGGGAUGUAUGUAAAGGAUGUGAUUAUGGUUAUCGACGCUUUCGAAUACAAGUCAUCUUAGAUCGUUAUAAAGAUUCGCACAAACGGAGAUAUAUACCGUGUGUAUAA